GCGCUUUAAUGUCAACAUCAUUUCAACAGACGAAGAAGGUCACCUGGCAAACGUUGGUUUGCUAGCCCAUGUGGCUACUCAUUAUUUACAGUAGCUUUAAUGUUGUCAUUUCUGCGGACCUCUGGUUAGUGUGGCUAUAAUGGAACUAGUAUGGGAGGACCCCCAGGUCCCCGAUGCUCCUUUCUUUACCAAAGAUCUCUAUGACAAAUAUUCACUUGCACCUAAUAUCAGAGAGCUGUGGGACUCUCUCCAAAGUCCUGUACAGAACAUAAAACAGGACUGUGGGACUUCAAAAGCUUCCUUCUCCUCUUCUUCUACAAAAGACGCUGCAGCCUUUAAAGACAACAGUUGCAUCAGCAAUAAUGAAUCCUGCUCUGAAAGCGGUGAUACUGACGAUCCGUUUACAGACAAUGAUGGGCAGGGUGCAGCAGAAUGUAGGGAUACAGAGAAAUCAAGAGUAAAGCUCAAGCAGAUUGAGAUAGAGCCGGGUGCUGUUUACCCUGAACCCAGACUGCCCUACCCCUGUCCGUCCAGCCUGUCAAUCAACGACCAGAAGACUUAUCUUGGCUUUAUGAUGAGUAAGAACGCAAGCGAUCCUCCAAAGAACUUGCAGGCACGAGUAAACAAUGAAGUGAUGCAGUUCAUGAGGUACCUGCAAGAAGUGGGCAACAUAUGUGUUGACGACUACAACUUUAUAUCACAGGGAGCUAUGCAAUAUUCAGAGGAGUUCUUCAGGGGGUGUUUGGAGCACAUCAGGACGUUUCCUGAGCUCUACCAGAUCCAUGAGAUGACUAGUCUGACCGGGGGAACAUUCAACCCAGGGCUGAAGCUGACCUUUGAGAAACAGCUGCUGAUCAUGGGCAAUGUGGAUAUUACAGACCACACGAUGGUGCCUGCUGAUGCACAGCUUGCAUCGGAUUAUCAGAGUGUUUCAUCACAGAAUCCUCCAGCUAAAAAAGCCAAGGACAUGCACGCUACAAUAAGCGGUGAUGUUAAUGCCAGCAGCCUGUGUGCUCGUUAUGAGCCUCAUGUGUGUCUCACUCGAGACGCCCUCGUAAGGCUGCUAGAUAACCAUGGCCCAGACUUUGCAGAACAGUGGGAAUUACCGGUUUGGAUCAAGUUAAACCCAGGAGAAGGCAAUAGACAGAAGAAGACUGUGUAUAUAGACUCACCCCUUCUGAAGACUGAGAUGACCGUGAAAGAGAGGAGCCAUGUCUUCCAUGAGGAGAGUCUGAAGCUCUCCAUCAAGAAGAAUGGGAGUAAAAAUGUCUUCCAUUUAAUGACGGAGCUUCGUGAGGAUGAGCAUCAACUCUCUGAGAGCUCAAAAAGAAAUGUAGUGUAUGGUGAAAACAGUGGUCUUGACUUUGAGGUGGACCUUACUGACCUGGAGACAUUUGGUGAGACGAAACCCAUUAAAACCCCAAAGAUGCCGAAAAAGAAGAACGAGCAGGAUGCAUGUGUUGAAAGUACGAAAGCAUCAAGUUCUGCGUCUGUGACUAAUACUAAAAGGUCCAGUGAGCGUCCUGCAAACACUACCAGCAGUUCACAAGAAGAGAUGGACACCUCAGUGGCAGGUGAGGAUGAUCCCGUAACAGAGGAGAGAAAUCAGCCAGCUGGGAAUGAGGCCAUUGCACCAAAAACUGAAGACAUGAGACCGGACUCUGCUCAGGAAUGUAACGAAGACCCACCUUUUAUGGGAGAUUCUGAUGAGGAUCAACUGGUCAUUGAUGACUCCAUUGUGUCUCCAGCUCAAACACGUACUACACAAUGUAAGCCCACACCACUCUCUGCUGACGCCAGAUCUGAUUCUCUAAAUUCAGAGUGUUCUUCCCCUGAAAAACCAACAAAUCAGAAACGACAAUCCAAAAAAGCAAAGGUAUCCGGCGACCAGCUGGGUGACAUCCUGCGCAUGCAGACAGCCAUGUUCAACUGUGCCAGUGACACGGCCAAAAGCUCCACCGUAUCCCAAGAGAUGAGCUCACCAGCCCGAGGUGUGGGACCCUCAGUUCACUCUUAUCCUACGUCUCUGGUGAAGCCCUGUGUGUCCUCAUAUUUGGAGAGAAACAACAACCAGGAUGGAGAGAGCGGCGCUGCUUCUCACGAAUCUGCACCAGGGGCCAACAGUACAAAUACAAAGCAUAAAAAACUACUGUCAGAAGACCUGCAGGCUGGUGCAGAAGAUGAGCAAGAUUACAUCGCUCCAGAAGAAGGCAACCUGCUCUACAAGCUCUACAGUCUGCAGGACCUGCUGCUCAUGGUGCGGAGCUCUGUGUCACUGACCCAUAGCAGGAGAGUCGGCCAAAAUGACCAAAACCAGUAUGUGCCAGUGCAUAUCUUGCCCAAGCUGGAGUACCAGCUGAGUUAUGGAGUUGAGUGUCUGAACAGCAGUGAGGCUUGCCAGCUGUGGACCGAGACAUUGCUCCACUCCAGCACUGUACCCUGCAUAGCUCACAUCAAUGCGCUCACAUCAAAAGUAGCUCUGCUCACAAAGCUGCCCGUCAACUGGAAACCCAACAUCUCCUGUGGGUUCAAGCCAUCGAAGUCUCUGAAUAUACUGCACCACCUACUGAAAAAGCUUACUGGGUUAGAGGAAGGACAGUACCUGAUUGCGCACAAGGCAGGGGAACCAUUUGUGACCCUAUUAAAAGUGGCUAAUGGGAAAGUGAGUCGGGGGGCAUACAACCUGCAGCAGGUCCACAGCUCCGUCCCCCAGCCCCCCACACACGGCCUCGUCCCCUGGAUACCUGUUGAUCCGUCUGUGGUGCUGCCCUUCCACCAGAAACACGGCCGUGUCCCCUGCACCUUCCCGCCAAAACCCUUUGUGCAGACAGCGAAAGAUGGUUCAUCGCAGUCGAAGUACAACAACCAUGGAGCCGGACAGGCAAAGAACCACUGGAAUGCAGUAGGCAAACGACAAAACAAGAACCGUGCAGCCAACCGUAAAAAGUAUAUUAAAAACCUACUUAAAAAGACAUUUUAAGAAGUCCCACGUCAAAGGAUUCAAUAUCAUGUCUUCUCAUUUCAUAUAAGGUGAGGCAGGUGAGGAGCUGAACCUGUACUGCUAAGGAAAGGAAAGGAAAGGAAAGGAAAGGAAAGGAAAGGAAAGGAAAGGAAAGGAAAGGAAAGGAAAAGGAAAGGAAAGGAAAGGAAAGGAAAGGAAAGGAAAGGAAAGGAAAGGAAAGGAAAGGAAAGGAAAGGAAAGGAAAGGAAAGCACUGACAAUGUACAUCAUUUCAUACUGGUGUUAUAUUAAGACUUUGAACAUAAAUGUGAACGUUUAAGCACUUUGAGAGUAGAAUCUAGAACUUUCUAUUUUUGUACAUGUUGGUAAUUAUAAUUAGUGAAAAAAUAUAAAUAAUAAACUUUGUCUAAGUAACCAUA